AUGGCGCACCUGGCCGGCCAACCAGCAGCUUAUGGAGGCCUGUCAGGCGCCUCGCGCCCAGCAGCAGCAGCAGCGGCAGCCUGCGCCGGCAGCAGCGGGUGGGCGCCGGGCGCAGCACCCAGCCUCCACCCCUCCCAGCAGCCGCGCCCGCCGCCCUGCCGGCGCUUUGUCUCCGGCAGCAGCGAGCGGCUGGAGCCAGCAGCGGUACCCGCGGUGGCGCCCACGCCGUCACCAGCUGCGGCGGCCCCCGAGCCAGCAGCAGGCCCCGCAGCAGCCACCGCAGCGGGCGCAGCGGCGGCAGCGCCGCCAGGCGCCCACCCCGACGCCUUUGCGCUGGUGCGGGACGAGAUAGAGUGCGUGACGGAGCGGCUGCGCCGCGACAUCUUCACAGAGAUUCCCGCCCUGGAGCGGGCAGCUGAGUACUUCUUCCGGGCAGGCGCCGAGGGCAAGCGCCUGCGCUCCACCAUGCUGCUGCUCAUGGCGUCAGCGCUGGCGCCCGCCCCCGCCGGCCUGGACCACCUGACGGUGGACACGUCGCCGCCGGCGGAGCACCCGCCCACCGUGCGGCGCAGGCAGCAGCGCAUCGCGGAGAUCACAGAGCUAAUCCACGUGGCCUCCCUGCUGCACGACGACGUCAUUGAUGCGGCGGGCACGCGGCGCGGCAAGAAGUCGCUCAACGCGCUGUUUGGGAACAAGGUGGCCAUCCUGGCCGGCGACUUCCUGCUGGCCCGUGCCUCGGUGUCGCUGGCGGCGCUGCGCAACCCAGAGGCCAUACUGCUGAUGAGCCAGAGCCUGGAGCAUCUUGUGGCGGGAGAGAUCCUGCAGCUGACAGCGGACGUCGAGGAGGCUGCCAGCAUGGACCACUACAUGCGCAAGACGUACUGCAAGACCGCCUCGCUCAUGGCCAACAGCUGCCGCGCGGUGGCCGUGCUGGGCGGGCACGGCGCGGGCGACUGCGGCGCGGCGGCGGAGUACGGGCGGCACGUGGGGCUGGCUUUCCAGCUGGUGGAUGACGUCAUGGACUACACCUGCUCGGCCAGCGAGAUGGGCAAGCCCGCGCUGAACGACCUGCGCAGCGGGCUGGCCACCGCGCCGGUGCUGUACGCAGCGGAGGAGCGCCUGGAGCUGCUGCCGCUCAUCCAGCGCCGCUUCAAGGAGGAGGGCGAUGUGGAGGCUGCGCAGGAGCUGGUUGAGGGCAGCAGCGGACUGCAGCGCACGCGCCAGCUGGCGGCCUUCCAUGCCGAGGAGGCGGCGCUGGCGGUGCAGGGCAUGAGCCCAGCGGCCAGCCAGCACGCGGCGGAGCACCGCCAGGGCCUGCUGCAGAUCACGCAGCGGGUGCUCAACCGCAAGAAAGCACCCAACCUGUACACUGAACCCAUUGCCACGGCAGGCAGCGGCUGCUGUGGCUGCUGUGGCUGCCCCAGUUUUGCAGCAGCACUGCUUGACUUCAAGGGCUGCCUAUCAUCCUGCGCUCUUUGUAACAUUGCAACUGGCGGCACCGGCGCCACCAUUCCACCAAGGCCUGCACCCAGGAUGCUGCGGUACCACCGGGAGGGCUUCAUCAUGGAGGGGCUGCCGUCUGUUGGAGACUUGCUGUCGCGGCAGCCGGCCGCCUGCGCGGCGGCAGCGGCAGCAGCGAGGGCGGCGGCGGCGGCGGUGACGGCGGGGGAUGAUGCAGCCCGGGUCUUUAGGGGUCUCCUGGCGGUGCUGCUUGCUGCCCUGGAGGCGGCGGCCGAGGCGGCCCGGGCCUUUGCCUCUGAGAAGUUUCAUAUGCCCACGGGCACGCGCAAGACGGUGACGCUGCUGUCGCUCAUCACCUCCUGCCAGCUGGCGCACCCAGAGGUCGGCAAGCUCAUCCACUGCACACGCACCAGCCGGAGAUGGAGAAGGUGCUGGCUGAGCUGAAGGAGCUGGUGCAGUACCGGCAGCGGUACUUCCAGGAUGCGGCGGGGGGGGCGCCCAAGUUGCUGGCGCUGCGGCUGAGCAGCAGGAAGAACCUGUACUUAUACCCCUGGGUGGCCGAGGAGGGGUCGCGUGAGAGCGUGGAUGCCAAGUGCAUGCGGCUGACGACGCCCUGGGUGCGGGAGCGAGCUGGGCAGGACCCAGACAUCGAGACGUGCGGCUUCUACGAAGGCCUGGAGGGGGCGGGGCCGGAGGGACGCCUGGGCGCGGGCGUGCACACGCUGCACGACCGCCGAGUGUGGGGUCGCAAGCACCAGUGGUGCCCCUACUUCCUGGCCUGCCGCAUGCUUGCCUACUCCAAUGUCGUGAUGUACAACUGCCAGUACAUGAUAGAGCCAAGGUGGGCUGCUGGGCUGGUGUCACAGAUGGUGAGCGGCGAGUUUGAGCGCGAGUGCGUGGUUGUGCUUGAUGAGGCGCACAACAUAGACAAUGUGUGCAUAGAGGCGCUGUCGGGUGAGGGGAGGGGGAACAAGGGGGGCGGCUGGGCAAUACGGCUGGCGCACGACAAAGCGCUGCGUGCCACGGCUGGCCAGGAGAAGGCGGCCUUGGUUGAUCUGGGUCUGGCGCAGGCCGAGGACCUGAAGGGUCUGGGGCAGCGCGUGGCCGCCCUGCUGCUGGUGCUCCUGGGCAGGGACGCCCAGGCCGUUGGGCGGGCGAUGGGCAGGAUGCGGCUGUCUCUGCUGAUGAACACUCAGGGCCUCGCCAGACGAACUACCCGUUCCCCUGCAACCACGGUGGAUCGACGAGGUGCUCGCUGUCUAGUCAAGUCGUUCAGAAACUUCACCAGGAGGGGCCUGCGGCACGAGCGCAUAGGUUCGCAGCGAGAUAUGGGGGAUGAUAUGGACAGGUUUAUGGCCAUGAUGGAUCGGUACCUGGACAGCGACCCCCGGCAGGAAUGCGUGGGAGGAGGCGUCGCAGAUGGUGGGGAGGCUGGUGGCUGUGCUAGAGGCGGCGUGCGUGCGCCCUGCUCACACCGCUGGCGCCAGGCCUGCCAGGCCGCAGGCUGCAAGCUGGGCCAGGCCUUCCUACAGGGCGGCGGCGACCCAGGCCUCACCCUGAAGAGUGCCAGCGUGCUUCAGUCUUCCUGGACUCGGUGUGCUGGUGAGCACGGACAGCAGCCCGCCAGCAGGCACCGCCAAGACUUCACUGAAGCGACGGCGACACCACCUUGGCCGGUGACCUACUGCGGCGGCGGCUGA